AUGAGCCAGCCCAGGCCCCGCUACGUGGUAGACAGAGCUGCAUACUCUCUCACCCUCUUUGAUGAUGAGUUUGAGAAGAAGGACCGGACAUACCCACUGGGAGAGAAACUUCGCAAUGCCUUCAGAUGUUCCUCAGCCAAGAUCAAAGCGGUGGUGUUUGGGCUGCUCCCCGUGCUCUCCUGGCUCCCCAAGUACAAGAUCAAAGACUACAUCAUCCCCGACCUGCUGGGCGGACUCAGCGGUGGAUCCAUCCAGGUCCCACAAGGCAUGGCAUUUGCUCUCCUGGCCAACCUUCCUGCCGUCAACGGCCUCUACUCCUCCUUCUUCCCCCUCCUCACCUACUUCUUCCUGGGGGGUAUACACCAGAUGGUGCCAGGUACCUUUGCGGUUAUCAGCAUCCUGGUGGGUAACAUCUGUCUGCAGCUGGCCCCAGAGUCGAAAUUCUGGGUCUUCAACAACGCCACCAACAAAAGCUACAUGGACACAGCCGCCAUGGAGGCCGAGAGGCUGCACGUGUCAGCGACACUGGCCUGCCUGACUGCCAUCAUCCAGAUGGGCCUGGGCUUCGUGCAGUUCGGCUUUGUGGCCAUCUACCUCUCCGAGUCCUUCAUCCGGGGCUUCAUGACAGCAGCCGGCCUGCAGAUCCUGAUCUCCGUGCUCAAGUACAUCUUUGGACUGACCAUCCCUUCCUACGCAGGCCCGGGGUCCAUUGUCUUUACCUUCAUUGACAUUUGCAAAAACCUCCCCCACACCAACAUCGCCUCGCUCAUCUUCGCCCUCAUCAGUGGCGUCUUCCUGAUGCUCGUGAAGGAACUCAAUGCUCGCUACAUGCACAGGAUUCGCUUCCCCAUCCCUACGGAGAUGAUCGUGGUGGUGGUGGCAACAGCUAUCUCUGGGGGCUGUAAGAUGCCCCAAAAGUAUCACAUGCAGAUCGUGGGAGAGAUCCAACAUGGCUUCCCCACCCCCGUGUUGCCUGUGGUUUCCCAGUGGAAGGACAUGAUGGGCACCGCCUUCUCACUGGCCAUUGUGGGCUAUGUCAUCAACCUGGCCAUGGGCCGGACCCUGGCCAGCAAGCACGGCUACGAUGUGGAUUCUAACCAGGAGAUGAUUGCCCUGGGCUGCAGCAACUUCUUUGGCUCUUUCUUUAAAAUCCACGUCAUUUGCUGUGCUCUCUCGGUCACUCUGGCUGUGGAUGGAGCUGGAGGAAAAUCCCAGGUGGCAAGCCUGUGUGUAUCCCUGGUUGUGGUGAUCACCAUGCUGGUCCUGGGGUCCUACCUGUACCCUCUCCCCAAGUCUGUGCUCGGAGCACUGAUAGCCGUCAACCUCAAGAACUCCCUCAAGCAACUCGCUGACCCCUACUACCUGUGGAAGAAGAGCAAGCUGGACUGUUGUGUCUGGGUGGUCAGCUUCCUCUCCUCGUUCUUCCUGAGCCUGCCCUACGGUGUGGCCGUGGGCGUCGCCUUCUCUGCCCUGGUUGUGGUCUUCCAGACUCAGUUUCGAAAUGGCUACACUUUGGCCCAGGUCAUGGACACUGACAUUUAUGUUAAUCCCAAGACCUAUAGUAGGGUCCAGGAAAUCGAGGGUGUUAAGAUUGUCACUUACUGCUCCCCUCUCUACUUUGCCAACUCAGAGAUCUUCAGACAAAAAGUCAUUGCCAAGACGGGUGUGGACCCCCAGAAAGUACUGCUGGCCAAGCAAAAAUACCUCAGGAAGCAGGAGAAGGGGAGGCUGAGGCCCACACAGCAGAGGAAGUCUCUGUUCAUGAAAACCAAGACUGUCUCCCUGCAGGAACUCCAGCAGGACUUUGAGAACGCCUCCCCGACGGACCCCAAUAACAACCAGACCCCUGCUAAUGGUGCCAGCGUCUCCUACAUCACCUUCAGCCCUGACAGCUCCCCAGCGGCCCACUGUGAGCCACCAGCCUCCACCGAGACCCCCAGUGAGCCCUGUGACAUGCUGGCCAGCGUCCCACCCUUUGUCACCUUCCACACCAUCAUCCUCGAUAUGAGUGGGGUCAGCUUUGUGGACUUGAUGGGCAUCAAAGCCCUGGGCAAGCUGAGCUCCACCUACGGGAAGAUUGGUGUGAAGGUCUUCUUGGUGAACAUCCAUGCCCAGGUGUACAAGGACAUCAGCCAUGGUGGUGUCUUUGAAGACGGGUGUCUAGAGCGUGAUCACGUCUUUCCCAGCAUACAUGAUGCUGUCCUCUUUGCCCAGGCAAAUGCCAGAGAAGUGGCCCCAGGACGUGACUUCCACGGGGCUCCAGUGGACCCAGAGCUGUCCUUAUAUGAUUUGGAGGAGGACAGCCCCAGCUACUGGGACUUAGAGCAGGAGAUGUUCGGGAGUAUGUUUCACGCAGAGACCCUGACUGCCCUGUGAGGGCCCCGCCAGCCCCCCAUGCUACCUCCAGGGCACGAGGCAUCUGGGACUCCCAAGAAGAAUGAGCCUGGGGUCAUGAAGAGCUGCGGGUAGAGGAGAGCACAUCCACCAGGACCUCAGGACCCUCCCUUCCCUCCCCUCACCCCUCCCCUUCCCCUGCCUCACUCCUGGCAUCUCUAGAGCCAGCCACUUUCAGCAGCAAGGACAGCCACCUCUUCAGCCUCCUGCUGACGCUCAGGGCCCUGGCCAGAAUGAGAAAGCCUACUGCUCGCCCUGCCGCACCCACACAGGCACAGCCCAUGGCAGCUGACGGGACCCCUGCCCCCCACAGACUGCUGCCUUUAAGAGAGAGCCAAGAACAGAAGGGAAAGGAUGUCCCUGCUGACGGAGUGUGCAAAGGCCCUUGGGCCCAAACUGCUUGGUGUCAGAUGGUGUCAAGCGAUCACAGGACACGGGGAUGAACUUGCUUAGGACUUGAUGGCUUGCCCCCUCCAGCUGCCCCAACUCAGUCCUUGGCAGCUGUGUGUUCCUGGGACCCCAUGCUCCUGACACCCCAGGAUCUGCCACAGCCUCUGAAACAUGAUCUCUGCCCCCCGCCUUCAGGGGCUGCCCCCUUCCACUCGAGACACGCUGGGAAUCCCAGAACAACAGGGAGGGUAGCUACCAGAAUCCUCCGGCAACCUAGUAACAGACGCCAGUUAUCCUGCAUCACAGCUUUUGGGAAUCCUUUCUUGUCCUAGACACUUCGGGAGGGGCAUGCUAGGGACAACCAAGGGCCAGCUGGUGGGACCUGAGCCCUGACAGUCCCCCUGACUUCAGAAACGCCUCCCCCGCUUAGGAAGUCGGCUUUGUGCUUUUUUCACUUGGCAAGAGCCAAUGAUUUGAACUCUCCCUUAUCAGCUUGGAGCCUAGAUCCUUCAGCCAGGCAGGGGAGAAAGCCACCCAAGGGCCAGCGGCAUCCCCCGAGUGGGUGCAGAACACGGCAAAGGGCUGAUCCAGACUGGGUCUUCCUCCAUGGGCUUCCAUAACAAACUCAGGACCUGAAGUCAUCUUCUGCUAGGACAGAUGGGAAGAGGGGUACGUUAUUCAUGGAUAUGAGGGGUUAAUAGAGGAACCCUGCCGUUGACUUGAAAAUAAAUAGAUGGCAUGUGCAAGUAUUUGGGGAAAUUUCCAUGGAAGUGCACAGAAAACCUUUCGGUCUUCCCCCACUGCUCUCCCAAGCUCCUUCAACUCAGUGACCCUGCUCAACAGGUUGGGCUGGCCCAGCCUGAAAACAAAAAGCCCAAUUCCUAAUUUCAGCCUGACCUGCGUUGUGUGUCUGUGUGUCGAGUGAGCUGGUCAGCUAGCAAGUCUUCUUAGAGUUAAAGGAGAGGGUGCUGGCAAAGAGCCAACAGAUUCUUGGCCUACAAGCAUGGCUUCUCUGCGAUUUCAUUAUGCCAUCUGGCUGCCAAUGGAACUCAAACUUGGAAGCCGGAAGACAAUGUUAUCUGGGAUUCACCGUGCCUAGCACCCGAAGUGCCAAAUUCCAGGAGGACAAGAACUUUAGCCAAUGACAACUCAUCCUCCCCUACUCCACCUCCUUCAAAGUCCAACUCGGACCCAGGAGGUAGGGGAAGGUCACAGAGCCUCAGGACAUCCCAAGCAGAGGUGUCCUUUGAACCAAGUGUCCAGACGGUGGAGGUAAAAUUGGAAACACAUGGGCUAGAAGGAGACAUUGAAGAAAACUCCACUGCUGGAAGACUUCGAAAAGAACACAAGCAAAGUCAAAUAGACCGUGUUCCGGACAUGACUGAGGCAGGAAAGGAGGACAAAGUAGUGAAAUAAUCCAGAAUUUCAAUCCUUUUGAAUGUUCUUAGUGAUACUGACCUGUGAUGAUGGGAUCCCCGGGGAAGCCUGGGACUCGCGAUGUUUGUGUAAUUUAUUUAAUUUAAACAGCACUCUCCUUUUGUUCAUUUUGGUAAUAAAGUGGUUUUGAAAUGUGAACAAAUGCAUGUGUUUGGGUGGCUUGACCGCAAGACAGAGCAAGUCACCUCCAGAAUAAGCGGGCUUCGCUUUGCACUGUCCUAGACGGAAACGAGCAGAGAGCCAUUCACCAAUAUGGCAGAAGAUUUCAGCACACUUCUCUCACUGUUGGUAAAUCAUAUGGAUGAAAAAAAAUAGUGUGGUAUGAAAGAGUUAAACAACAAAGAAAACAAUCUUGUUCCGAUGGACAUGUGUUAAAUUGUGCACACAACAACUACAAUGCGUACUUCCUAAGUACACAUGAAAUAUUUACAGCAGUUGAUCACGUUCUAGGCUCUACACCAUUCUCAACGGAUUUGGAAGAAUAGGCAUUUUCCACAGCAAUGACCACAAUGCAUUGAAGCUAAAAAUCAAUGACAAAAAGAUAACUUGCACACAAAAAGGAUGAGUUUUUUUAAAAAUACUUCUAAAUAACUCAGAGUCAAAAAAGAGAUUAUAUGGAAAAUUGAAAACAUUUAGACUUAAACAAGAAUGCAAAUACUACGUAUUAAAACUGCAGGGAGGGGCACCUAG